AUGGGUAUGCAGAAAGCCGCACGAAACCUUUUUGAUGCCCUUCGAAGCCACCGAGUGUCCACACGAUGGAAGGCCCAUAUCAAAGAUCCAUUGAUCCAGGCCACAACCCAAGCAUUGCUUGAUCUGGGACCAGAAGCAUCUUCAUCUGAGAUUACAGCAAUCCUGCCUGAAGUCAAUCAAUCGAGAGGGCAGGUAAGACAUAUUUUGAAAGAAUUGGCGCAAAAGCAACAAGCAGACUGGGUGCUCAAGGUGAUUUGGGCAUUGCAAGAUCGGGGCAUUCGACUGAAUGUGAGGGACUACACUAUGGGGAUCUCAGUAUGUGCCAGGUCGAAGCUGUGGCAACAUGCGUUGAGCUUGUUUGCAGCCAUUCCAGUGGAACAGGCAAAGCCUGACUUGAUUUGUUAUAAUGCUGCAAUCAAUGCCUGCCAAACGGGUGGGCUUUGGCAAUAUACCUUGACGUUGUUUCAGGCAAUAAAGGAGGCAACAUUGAAGCCAGAUGUGUUUUGCUACAACGCUGCUAUUGGGGCCUGCAAGAAGGGCAGUGAGUGGGAGCAGGCAUUUGUGUUCUUCGAGAACAUGUCAAGUUACAGCAUGCAGCCAGACAUUGUGAGCUACAAUACAACCAUCAGCGCAUUGGAGAAGGGCGGGCAAUGGCAGCAAGCGCUGAACCUGUUUGAAGCAAUGCCAAAGUCAAGUGUGCAGCCAAGCGUUAUCACUUACAAUGCGACGAUGAGUGCCUGUGUGAACGUUGAAGUCUGGCAGAAGGGGUUGGAAUUGUUUGCGUUGAUGUUUGGACGGAACGUUUUGCCAGAUGUGAUUAGCUUCAGCACAGCCAUCAGUGCCUGUGAAAAGGCUGGUUGGUGGCAGCAAGCGCUCCACUUGUUUGCAGCACUGUCCAACUUCAGUGUGCAAAUGGACGUCGUCAGCUACAACGCCACCAUCAGUGCCUGUGAGAAGGGCUGGCAAUGGCAGAAGGCGUUCUUUUUGUUUCAUGCAAUGGGAGGAGCCAGCUUCCGUGCAGAUGCUAUUACUUUCAGUGCAACGAUCAGUGCGUUUGAGAAGGGCGGGCAAUGGCAGGGAGCUUUGAGGUUGUUGGAGGCGAUGCCAAGGGCAACCAUCGAUCCAGGUGUAUUUGCCUACAGUGCCAGCAUUAGCGCCUGCGCUGCCGGAUCGAAAUAG